UGGAGAGAGAUAGGUAGCACUUGUUGAAUGAUGAGCUUAUUAGCCAUGUUCAGCGUCCACAGAAAACGCACAUGAGCGCGAGCCAGAAAGAAGGUCAUUGUACCUGUGUUUGGCGCUAGAAACGAAUUGGUAAUGUCAUGACUGGAUGUGGGAGGUUGCGUUUUAUUUAUUUGUUCAGGAGCAACUAAACAUUAUAAUAUUAGGCAACAACAAAUAUUAUAUAAAUAUCAUUUUAUAAUUACUCUCUCGACAAUUAGGGAGAAUUCCAAGGCAAGUCGUAAAACCAACAUAGACGGUUCGAAAAAGAUCUUAGGUAUACAUUAUACGAUCUUUGGACUACAGUAUAAAGGUAUGGGCUAUAGGUAGUGAAGUGAUUGGGGUAAAGAAAAAAAAAACAUUUAACACUGAACUAUUUCACCCAUAGCUGAAAUUUUCCAAAGUUCGCCACAGUAAUUUCUCCUCACCAAGCAAUUUACUUUUAAUCCGAGACUUAAAUGGAAAAGUCACCUGCAUACCUCGCCAAUAUGUCUGUAGUCCCCGUUUCAUAUCAGCCAUAGUUUCAAACCUGAUAGCAUUCAACACAUGCACUGUUUCGGGGAGCAGUUGUGAAGUUUAUCUGAACGACAGUUUUAAUCAGGUUAUUGUAACCCCAAGACGGCUUUCGGUCACUACACCGUGUCUAACGAAAUUGCCACUUGGUCUGUAGCACAGAUUACUCGACAUAAUACAUAACCUGAACAGAAGUGUUACCGUUUGGCGCUGGUUACAGCUGUGGGAUCCAUAUCACAAUCUGCAAGGCGGUGGAACAUCUGCUUUUUGUGCUUUUGAACAACUUUAUGCAAAGUUCAGAAUGUAUUAAUGCGGUCUUAUUCAUCGUAAGAGCCUUCCGAGGGCUGUCAGGUGAUUUUCUUAACCUAUAGGAAAACUCAAAGUAAACAGCCUACUACUAGAAUAUAUCUGACCGAUAUAAUAAUAGACUACACCACAGCAUCAUGUGUUGUAAUAUUUCAGCACGUUUAGAAUGUGAUUAUUAUGGGAGGGGAUAGCUGUCGAGUUUUUUCCUUUCGUUUUGGAUUGUGCAAAGAUUUUGUUGUCUGAACGUAUAGGGCUUUGUACACAUGCCCAACAUGAGGAUUCACGGCAUGAGGGUGUUUUGAAGCCUAGACCUGGAAGGACCCAUCACUCACCUGUAUUAGUGUGCAUUACAUUGGAUUAGACGCAGAAAGUGUUUACGCUGGUGAAUCCGGGGCAGGGAGAAAGGAUUAGAGGCCUUUGUAAUCACACUGGCUCAAAGGGGGCAUAGGCUGACACACACAGUCUACUCAAAAUGUAGACUUAUGUAUGUAUACCCGAAGUAAUGAUGAGCUGGACAUUAUAAUUCACACCCCAUUUGAAACAAAGAGCUCUUUCCAGGUUCGGCAGUAGACUGAACAUUACUGUUAGGCCUACCUGAGUAAGCUAUAGCCUACCUGAGCUAAAACGUUUAAAAAACAUUUAAAAAUAUUCAGCACGCAUGCUGAAUGGAGCUGACUGGAAUAAGCAGUGGAGAUGGAUGCAACCGAGUUCCGGAGACGUGGGAAAGAGAUGGUGGACUUCAUUGCAGAUUAUAUGGAGAACAUUGAGCAGAGGCAGGUCUACCCAGAUGUGGAACCAGGCUACCUUAGGUGUCUGAUCCCACAAGAGGCUCCUGAGGACCCCGACACCUAUGACGAUGUGGUCAAGGACAUCGAGAGAGUCAUCAUGCCUGGGGUAACCCACUGGCACAGUCCAUAUUUUUACGCUUACUUCCCCACAGCCAGCUCAUAUCCGGCAAUGCUGGCUGACAUGCUGUCUGGCGCUAUUGGCUGCAUCGGCUUUUCCUGGGCUGCCAGUCCAGCCUGCACUGAAUUGGAGACAGUGAUGCUGGAUUGGCUGGGGAAGAUGCUGAACCUGCCGGAGGACUUCAUAGCUGGCACCACUGGAAAGGGGGGCGGAGUCAUACAGGGCAGUGCCAGUGAAGCCACGCUGGUGGCCCUACUUGCCGCUCGGCGCAGGAAGGUCCAACUGAUCCUAGCUGAUCAGCCUGAGCGCACUGAGGCUGAGAUUAUCUCCAAACUGGUGGCCUACACUUCAGAUCAGGCGCACUCCUCUGUCGAGCGAGCUGGUCUAAUUGGAGGCAUGAGGAUGCGUAAGGUUCCUACUGAUGAAAAAUUUGCAAUUGGGGGAGAGGCUUUGAGAAGGAUCAUUGAAGAGGACAAGAAGGCUGGCCUUAUACCCUCCUUUUUCUGUGCCACACUGGGGACGACUCCAUCGUGUGCUUUUGAUCACAUCACAGAGCUGGGACCUAUUUGUAAUGCAGAGAACAUGUGGAUGCAUAUUGAUGCCGCCUACGCCGGGAGCUCAUUCAUCUGUCCAGAAUUCAGGCCCCUUCUGGAUGGUAUUGAGUUUGCAGACUCGUUCAAUUUCAACCCUCACAAAUGGCUUUUGGUCAACUUUGACUGCUCUACAAUGUGGGUGAAGAGGAGAUCAGACCUGAUCGGGGCCUUCAAAAUGGAUCCUGUCUACCUUAAACAUGAUCAUCAAGAAUCAGGACUGGUCACAGAUUACAGACACUGGCAGAUUCCACUGGGCCGACGCUUUCGCUCUCUGAAAAUGUGGUUUGUCUUCCGCAUGUAUGGAGUCAAAGGCCUGCAGGACUACAUCCGUCAGCAUGUGCGUUUGGCUAAAGAAUUUGAGAACAUGGUUCGAAAUGAUCCCCGCUUUGAGAUCAGCGCAGAUGUUGUAUUGGGCCUUGUCUGCUUCAGAUUGAAGGGAUCAAACGAACUAAAUGAAACUCUGCUAAAGCGGCUCAACAGUGCCCGCAGGAUCCACCUGGUCCCUUGUCAGCUGGCAGGCAACUUUGUGCUCCGUUUUGCCGUCUGUGCCCGCACCACAGAGUCACGGCACGUGAAGGUGGCAUGGCACCACAUCCGUGAGCUAGCGUCAGAGCUUUUGCUGGAGCAGGGACACUGACCAUCAGCUGGCACCAACCAGCACUAAACUAAACACAUACUGUCUUACAAUACCCUGCCACUCUGCUUUCUCUGUGUGUGUGUGUGUGUGUGUGUGUGUGUUUGUGUGCAUUUAGGUGUGAGUCCAUGUAUUUCAGAAAUGAUUGCUAUUUAAAUUAGUAUACAAUGAGUGUUUGUGGUUCAGGAUGAUGGAAAGCCCAGAUCCCAAGCUUUGACCUCUUAUAUUUAUGGUAUUAUAAAUUUGACAGAUUGUUGAUAGCUGAAACUUAACAUGAAGUAGGGAAUAUGUCCAAAGCUGAAUACUUUGUGUCAUUUACAUACCAGUGAUAUCCAGUGUUUUGAGGUUUAGACUGGUAUUAGUAUAUCAGAAAACUCAAUCAGAUUGGAAGUAAUUUUCAUGCAUUAUUUUUUCAAAGUUUAAGGUCUAUGCCCACUAGAGAAACCAUAAAUAUAGUAACAACCUUCUAAAAAGCAUCUUUUACUUUUUGGAAAAGAGUUACUACACAGCUAAUUAACAAUAUACCAAAGAAAAAAUAGAAGAACUAUUCAACAUUAGUGGUGAAAUCUGGCAAUGCUUACUUGUUUGGGGGGAGUAAAAUGGGACCCAAAUGGGACACAAAUUGUCUUGUAAAUCUGGCAUUGUUGUAACCAAAUACUGUCAGAACCAAAAUAUUUAGAAAAUAUGAAGAAAAAAAAGAACCAAUGCCAUCUUUCAUUUGUCAGUGGUAAUGUGUGUGUGUUAAAACAAACCUACAUGUGAUAACAUGAGUGACGGUCUAUCGAACCGGGUGAAAAUAUUUAUUUUUAAACACGUAUUUGUCUUCAUGUUGGUGAUAUUGCACACUGAAUGUCAUUUACUGUCUACGUCAAAGUGUCUAUAUGUGUGUUUGGUGUAUAAGAAAGCUGAUGUAGGUGCUUAGGAUUUUGCAAAGGAUGGAAAAGGUUAUAUUUGUAUGUAUGUUUUGUUUUGAUUGUACCUGGUGUUUAAAGUGAAAGCUUAUAAGAUAUCCAUCCAAAUGCUAUGGAUCACACUGCAUACAUCUGUUAGUGUUUACAUAAAUGUUUACACAAUAAACUUAUGAUGUAACAUUG